AGCGGCGCAGAGGAGCGGGGCCGGGCUGCGCGCGCUCGAGGUGCCUCUGUUGGGUGGCCGCCGUCCCUGCCGCUGCCGCGACCAUGGCCAUCGCGCACAUCGCCACCGAGUACGUCUUCUCGGACUUCUUGCUGAAGGAGCCGUCGGAGAGCCGCUACAAGGGGCUGCGGCUGGAGCUGGCCCUCGACAAGCUGGUCACCUGCAUCGCCGUCGGGCUGCCGCUGCUCCUCAUCUCGCUCGCCUUCGCGCAGGAGAUCUCCAUAGGCACGCAGAUGAGCUGUUUUUCUCCAAGUGCCUUUUCUUGGCGCCAGGCUGCGUAUGUGGACUCCUAUUGCUGGGCUGCAGUUCAACAGAAGCAGCUUUCUCAGAGUGAAUCUGGCCACCUUCCCCUGUGGCUACAUAAGUUUUUCCCGUACAUCCUUCUGCUGCUUGCCAUCCUGCUGUACCUGCCAUGGAUCUUUUGGCGUUUCACUGCAGCGCCUCACCUUUCUUCGGAUCUGAAGUUUAUCUUGGAAGAACUUGACAAGGCUUAUAACAGAGCCAUCAAAGCCGCCAACAGUUUCCGGAACUGCGAUGCCAGAGAUGCAGCCAGCUCCCCACCUGCCAUUGAAAAUAUUGCACAGAGUUUAUGGGAGAUCUCCGACAGCCACUUUAAAUACCCUAUUGUGGAACAGUAUCUGAAGACAAAGAAGAGCUCCAAGAACUUAAUCAUCAAAUACAUUAUUUGCCGUUUGCUAACUUUGAUCAUUAUCCUCUUUGCUUGCCUCUUCCUGGGUUAUUAUAUCAGCCUUUCCUCCCUGACCGAUGAGUUCAUUUGCAACAUCAAAACUGGGAUACUGAAAAAUGACACGAACAUUCCAGGAGUAUUUCAGUGCAAAAUGGUUGCCGUUGGUGUCUUUCAGCUGCUGAGUUACAUCAAUUUCAUCGUGUAUGUGCUGAUCACACCGCUGGUGAUUUAUGCCUUCUUCGUUCCUCUCAGGCAGAGCUCGGACAUCCUUCAGGUCUACGAGCUUCUGCCGACAUUUGAUGUUCUCAAAGUCAAAGCGAAACACUACAACGACAUGAGCCUCUACCUGCUUUUCCUGGAGGAAAAUGUGAGCGAGCUGAAAUCUUACAAGUGCCUCAAAGUUCUGGAGAGCCUCAAAGGCAGCGGGGAGAGGUUUGAUGCCAUGCAGCUCCUGAGGAACCUUGGCUCAAUUAAAAUGGACGCCAUGGAUUCCAAGCCAAACACCACCCACAAGGAGAAGAGGAAAAAAGCGGAAGCGGAAAUGUCCAAUGAUGCAGCAGAAUUGAAAGAUCUGACUGAGCCAAAAUUGCCUGAUGAUACUGAAGGUACAAGUAAAGAUGGCAAGAUUCGCCAAAGACUUCUGGAUUCUUCUUGCUGAUGGAUUCAGCCUGUGGUUGAUAGGUGCUGAGAGCUAUUUCGAACAGUUGAGGCAUAAAGCCACCUCUAUUACGCCACAUAAUUGCCUUCCCACUGAGUUUACAAGGACUUGGGACAGAAAGGUGAAUAAUUGUUUGAAAAUAAUUGAGCUGUCUAUGUUUACAUGUCUACAGUUUACAUGAAUAUUAUGCCUAGAGGUACACUGAUGGGGUGAACAAUGUCAAUUCUCAUUAGGGAGGAAAGGCUGAAGUACUGAAUUUGAAAGAAAAGAAGUAAAAUAAGGAGAAUAUUUCAGAUUGGUUUCAUAGAUAUGUAGACAUCGAUUCCCUAUUAUUCAGUAUCUUCAGCCAUAACGGAGUGUACAGAUAACAAAUGAACAACAAUUAACACAGCAGUGGACAACAUAAUAGUGGCAUUACAAAUACCCAUCAUGUAAGUAAGUCAAGUAUUAUAUACCACUUUGAAAAAAACUAUGGAUGCGAACAAGUUUCUUUGCAAGUAGCUCUGUGGAUAAAGGGUCAGUUAACACCUCUCACUUGUGCCUAUCUUCCAUGAGAUUGCACAGUUCAAGGAUGGAGAACUGGUGACUAUCUACAAGUAAAUGAACACCUAUUAUCCCUCUCAUAAAGCAUGUUGUUGUCAGGAGCUGGAUGUGGUACUUUCAACAACCUUUGAAAUUCCACCAUUUCUAUGCGACGUGGAAUAUACAUGUAUUCAUGUAUGCCUGUAUUCUGUUAAUACCACCAGUUAUAGAACUAUCUUAAAAGUUAAUAGCUGCAGGAUAGUGGUAUAGAAUGAAAAAAAAAAAAGAAAUGCAUCUUAUUUUGAGAUUGCCUGCCUGGUUUUAUUACUUUGUGGCUGUACUUCACUGUUAUAUACACAAAAACCAAACUAUUAAGCAACUAGAACUGGUGGGAAAAUGUUUGAAGCUUUUGGACCAAGACAUGUAGAGAUUAGCCUAUAUAGAAAUAAAAAAAUACAAACUUUGGAUAUCUCUCCCCUCUUUAAGAAGAAAGACUUUGUACUUUUCUACAAGGUAGGUUGAUUUUUACAAGAAAACCUAGAAAAAAAUGGUUAUUUCAACUGCUUAUGGAGACCAACUAUCCACGUUUGUGGAGACCAACUUCUACACCAGCAAAAUAUUGUCUUUACCUUAAUGAAAUAUAUCAAAGUCUCCGUAAUCCCUAAUAAAUUCACCAAUGCAGUUUUCUUUACAACAAGAUGGAAGAAGUUUACUUGUGUCAUCUUCAGAUGUUUUUCCAACAUCUAGAUCAAGUAUACAACCAUGUGAUUUUGGGGAUGGGGGCAGACUUACAGGAGCAACUAACCAACUGCAACCCGGCUUAACAUUUUCAAGUUCAGUUCUGUAUUAUCAUCCCUUGUGGCCAACCAGUCUAUGAUUCCAAAUUUAAGAUGGUCCCUUACACUCCAAUGUACCUUCUAUAAUAAAAGGAAGGCUCCAUUACUACGUUUUCGUCUAUUCCAAGACGAUCAAAUGUUUUAAAGAUAAGAACAAAAACUCAUAUAAAUAUUUCAUAUUUCAUACUCAUAUUUCAUAUAAAUACUGUCUAAUGAAGUGAUUCCUCUUUUAUUACAAUCAUUCAUACAAAGAAGGUGUCACAGGGCCUAGAAACAGGAACAGGAUUCUCGGGUAAAUCCUUCGACUAUCUAGAUCCUUUAGUGCUGAAAAAAAGCUUUUUAAAAACCGGAGAAUUGUCCAUCCGUUUCUGGAAAAGAUACUUCAGUGUGUUUCUCAAAGCAUCGUGUUAAGACCGCCUUAAAUAUCACCUUUCUGCACUCGGAAGAUUUUUGUCCAACUUUCUCAGGCUCUGUUUGGGUGCAAUUUUUUUACCCUUUCACCCCAAAGACUGAAUUCCAAUAGAGGAAUAAUUCUGAUGCACCUAUGCAGAUGAUGGGUGCUGUGGAUUAUUUAACGAGACUUCAAAAUCAUCCAUUUAUUAUCCAUUUAUAUCCCAUUUUCUUGGAGGCUGCCAUUCUAAGGAGGCAGCAAAUGAUAGAUAAUUCAUGUUAUUGCAAGUUCAAGGACAAAACAUGGAAAACUUAGCAGAAGAAUUGCAAACCAAAAAGUACAGAUAUUAGUUAUCUCAGGUUCAGCAUUUCUUCUCAAACCAGGCAUCCUCUUUUUCUUCUGCAUUGCUUCUCAGAGAAACAAUAUCGAAAACUGUAACCGGUGCAAAACUAAAGAUGAAUGAUACAAAAUCAUACCUACCUCCAUAUCUAUGCAGAAAUAACCACAAGAACAAAUUGUAGAUUAUGUCUUGGUUGCAAUGCAGCAUAAGGAGGGAUACUCACAAGUAACAAUUAUCAGGAGCAAGUGGGAAAUUAUUGACAAAGAAUUGAAAAAACAAACAAACAAACCCUGAGCUGUUAUCAAGGCUGCCAGUAACCAGAGAUUUCAAAGAAUUAUGAAAUUUCAAGAAAGAAUUAUGGAAAAAAAGAGUUACUCGUGGCUCUUCAUAGUCCUUUCAAAACGGUUGAUUUUAUAAGAAUUGGAUGGAAAUCUUACGAAAGGAUUAAAACCAACUCUGCUAGUUGUACAGCAUUCAGAGGUGAUAUUAAUUAAAAACAGAAAAUAACAAAGGAAAAUACCCAAUGUCUGCAUUUCCUCUUGCAUGUAAUAUAAAAUGGAAGCAACUGUAAACAGUUUUGCAUGGGGAAACAGAUUUGACUCUAUUUCUGUACAUUGUUUAAAAAGUCUUAAGGCUGUAGGUACCUAAAGUGAAUCUUGGCUUACAAUGGACAGGCUGUGCCAGCAAUUGGCAGGAUUGACCUAGAUAGACUAAAGUCCUAUUAUUUGUUCCUGCAUGGUGGGGUUAUGUUCGUUUUAGCAGAGUAGCUUUGCAUGGAAUACCCUGCAGGAUGAUAGGCCACGUAGUGUAAUAUGUGAGAAAUUACUUGGGAGUGAUACUGUGGUAAUCCUAGUGUAACUGUGUACGUAGUAUGACUAUAAUAAAAUUGUUACUUAAUAUCAAGAUGUUUCAGUGCUUCAUUCUGAGUGGCUCGACACGGCUGCUCACCCCAAGUUGAUCAUUUUGGAAUCAUCAUGCACAACAGUUUAGAAAAUUUUUAUCGCCAAGAAAUAUUUAAGGAGCCGUGAUGAUUAGCAUUAGGGCGUGAUGGGGAAUGGA